AACCGAGAAUUUCUGGAGAGCGGGAAUCCUAUGUAGUUUCUACUUCAAGAGUAUAACAUUAUCACAUGGUUGACGGUGAUGGUGCAAGUCUUGAAAUUCAUAAAAAGAAAAGGCAAAAAUUGUUUACGGUCUAUUUUUUGAAUAAUUGAUUUUCUGCAGCAUUCCAUGUGAAAUGGCUGUUGAUGUUGUGAGAAAAUUGUCAAAAUUGCUUCUAUCUAACAAUAGUCAGCAGCAAAAGGAGAUAUUGCAACAAACCAUAGAUACACUGAGCAGAGAAGAUAUUUUGAGAGCAGUACCAGAUGUUGUUCAUUCAAAUGGGGCACCCAAUUUGAUUCGCUUGGUUUUGGAAGGAUUGUCCAAUAGUACUCAUCACAGAGACAACUUGACACUCAACGUUAUGAAAUCAAUUUUAACUGAGUUAUGUGACAGUGAAGCUGUCCCAGAAAACUGUGCAGUUGACAUUGUCCAUUUGAUGAGUUUAAAUAGUCAUGACUUAAGCAGUAACAACUUAGCAGAACUAGUACAGCUUUGCUUGUCAUUCAUUCAGAAGGGGAAAAACUUAAGGGGAAAGUGGCUUUCACUCUUUCCAAUGAUAUUUUCGGAGUUGGCAAAACAAAGCAGAGUUACUUUAGACUCAAACACAGUGACAGGGGCUGAAUAUUGUGAUGGAGUAAUAAGCUCACUGUGUGAUAUAGAAAUUGCAGUAGAUGAUGCAGUAGCAUUCACUGCAGUUUUGAGAGAACUGAGAAUCCCUGCCACUAUAGUUCACAAGUUUGUUCUAAAAUUAUGUGCCAUAAUACCAGACAUGGAACCACAAGAAGUACCUCCAUUUGUUUAUCAGCUGCUGUUCUUGUGUUAUCAGUCAGAUCAUUUGGUCCCAAUGGAGCAUUUGGCAAAAUAUUUUGAAGUGAAGCUAAGUCGAUAUGGGCAGAGUGCAAAUUUGAGUUCCAGAGGAGAGUCAAUGGAAAUUAACUGUGAUAUUGAGACUGGAUCAACCAAGGAAAUUUCACAAGCAAAAGCAACUUCAAUUUUUCACAUUUCCCGAGCAGCGGCCACUGGUCACCCACUUGGCAAAGAAUUUGUGAAAUUCCUUCGUAGUCGGGUUGAUGUUCCCGAGCUUGUCCUGGUUCCAUUCAUUCUCGAGGUUGCAUUAUCACUUGGGGCCUUACCGCAACUUCGAGAUAUUAUAGGCUUGUUGCGGAAAUUGGUACAACGUCUUCUUCGAUCCAACGAAAGGCUGCGCCACUCCGCUUGGAUGAGAGAUUUGAUGUUGGGGAAACAAAUCGAUGUCCAGAAGAUGUUUGACACCAUCAUGCAGCAAGGCACUAGUGAAGGAGAUAACAUUGUUAAAGGAUUUGAACUACUCGCCUUUGACUUGUUGGAAAUCCGAAAUGCGGGGGGCUUUGGUCGUCCAACUGUAGCUGGACCGAGCAUUGGUAAUGCAUCAAGCUCAUCAGGCACUACUUCUGGAACUGUAACGGAGCAGUGUUGGCAUAUCGGCGCCCAUAUUCUUUUGCAAAUGAUCAGAAAAUUCCCGGAUUCAGCUCCACUCAUUGUUAAAAAACUUGCUGAGAGAUUACAAGACGUUAGCAAUGAUUUGCAAUAUAUCACAACGAUUUGUAUGAUGGUCCAGCAUAAUCCUCUUAGCAUGCUGGAAUGCAAAGCUUCUUUCACCAUGUUGCUAUACAGCAUGGAAUAUCGCGGAUUAGUUUCUGCCAAACGUCUUUAUGCGGGUAUCUCGCCUCUGUUUCGUUCGUCAGGUGCCUUACGUGACAGCGCCUUUCUGGUGUUACGCAAGCUACUGCACAGUUGCCUAGAGGAAGUUAGACAGGUUGCAGUAGUGGGUUUUCUAGAAAUUUUGAAAAACUUUCGUUUCUACAUCCCAACAAUGGGUUCAUCCCUCAGUCAAACUUCUAUAAGUAGUCAGGCAACAGUAGAUGUGCAUCAUAGCCAAACUUCAAAUUCAAAUAGAGCGUUUUGUAGUGAACUGUUAAAACUUCUUCAGUGCGCUUUGAGUCAACAAGCAUCGGUUCGUUUGACACUAUAUCAGAAUUUGCCCGAGGUUGUUUCUCGCAAUCCGGAACUUCUUCCGGAGUGCAUUAAGAUGUUGCGCUGUCAUUUAAAAUUUUUUAUUGAUACCGAAGCUAUAAUCCAAGUUGACAUGUGCAUAACGAAGGAUGGUCACAAUUCCCACGUGAUAGAGCCCUUAGGACACCUUAUUCAAGCGAUACAACAGAGCAUUUUGCGAAGCGGCAAAGCAAAUUACCUUGCGAAAGAAGAUAUUGAUCCUAAAAGCGAAGAUCAAGUAGAUCUAGGAGUUCUGCUAAUAAGAAAAGUGCUCGCAAAAAUGGCCGAGUCAUCAAUUGAUGAUUACCUCGUAGGGGACGUACAGGAGCCAAACGCCCAGCUGAAGAUCCAGACACUAUCAUCUGUUUGUAUCGCCCUUGCCGACUUCUGUGUCGCCGAUAAUGCUACCACAAGUGUAAUAGCGGCCAAACGCUUAGUCGGUCUGUACGAGAUGCAAACCCGUUUCGAUUCACUCCUCAGUGAAGUGGGAAAAGGCAAGGGAAAAGGCAAGGCUCCUAAAAGAACGAAGAAAGGGCAAGAAAACUCUAUCGAUGAAUUGCCAAUAACAGAUGACACUCCGAAAGCACCAAUGAAGAUCUUUGAAAAGUGCACUCCCAGUCUCCAAAGCAUUUCUGUGUUUAUGGGAUAUCUAAAGAACAGCACUGAAACUACUGCUAGCAACGAAGAAGAGACAUUUGCUUUUUUAAAACCACAGAUUGGACUACGACUUUGGUUCGCUCAAUCAGCAUUCAGUAAAUAUCAGGCGUUUUGCAACACCAAAGACAUCGAGGGACUUAGCUCAGAGAGCGUAACGAAAUUUAGUGGCACUAUUGCAUGUGCUCUAUUGCUCCAUUGCCAGAACACACGACAGGUAGUGGACGAUCGCUCUUCAGCCAUGUACUGCACGGCUUUAAAAUGCCUUCACGACAUUAUUCUUGGCUUUUGUAAGCAUAAUCCUACCAAGCUAAGUCGCUUGUUAACGGCGAUGGAUGAAGUGGAAAGACCAGCAGCUGGAAUCCCUUUGGAAAAUCAAAUUGCCAAAACCUUGAAGCACUUUAAAGAUUUGUUAAAUCAUUUGUUAUCAGGAAGAGAAAAUGAAGAUCUCGUCACGAAAGCAGUCUUACCCAUUGUCGGAACUUUAACCGUGCUAUCAGAUCAGUUAAAUCCAGCCGGUGAUGAAUAUACAAAGCUGUCUAAUUGGACGCAUGAUCUGUGCAAAAAUGUUGAAUGCAGAGAAUCUUCUAUUGCGAAACCUCUUAUUAAUCUUCUUGCCCACUUAAGCAUGGCAUCAGAUUCAAGCCCAAGCAUUUUGGAGGAAUUAGCUAAAGAAGUUCGUCUUGCCAUUGGCGCAUUAGACGAGGAAAACUUGUCCACUACAGAAACAAACAAGUUGGCAACUAUCAAUGAAGAAACGGCCGCUGUUGUCCUUAGUGUGUUAACAGCACGGUUAGAGCAACUUAUCCAGGUUGUUGAAUGGGCUUUACCUAGAAUUGGUAUUCUCGAGCGUGGUGAUGCAUCACCUUUGGUUGAACAAUCCAUUAACACACGUCUGAAACUAAUAGCUGUUGCGCUUAGCCAUCUCGUUCUUGCGGACAUUAGCCCUGGUCCCAAUUCGGAGCUCAUUCUCAAGUUAGCCAUCUCGUUUUAUACGACGAUGGGACGCGUCGCGAAAAAGCAAAAAUCUGUUCUUCCGAGUUUCCGAACUUUGGUUAGGGCGACUGCACUUCAGUUGACGAAGAACCUCAACACUUUUAUUGCACAUCUUGACGAAAAGCAGAUCCAUGAGAAAGGUGUCAAACGUAAAAAAGGGGACAAAGAAGUGGCUCCAAGAAUGGACAGAUCUGCACGAUCUAUCCCACAACUGAUUUACGCCAUAGAGCAAUACAACCAAGCCAUUUUAGGCGUCAGCAAACGCACAAAGGAGGAUCUAUCAUUUGGGUCCAAGCUGGGCACGACAAGGGACUUCAGAAUCAAAGCCGAUAAAGUCAACGAAGCCUUGGAAGGAAACACACAUAGCACAGAAUCAGAAUCAGAAUCAGAGGAUGACGAGAUGGAAGCAAGCAAUAGUUUAAAUAGAACGGCCCAAACUGAAAGUCGCGUAAGAGGUACAGCGCGACGCUCGCGUGGACGAGGCCGUGGAAAAUUCACCUCUGUUGGCAAGGCGAACACGUCCCAAAAGUAAUUUUUUACAUCUGUAUAUCUAGUAGCAUAUCCGGGUUUUUAGUUGCAUUUAUAGUUUGUUUAGUUUUUUUGUCCAUUAUUCUCGAU